ACCGUCUGAUUCUUGUCUGUCCAACUGGGGGCAUCCCAACCACUACUGCCUUGCAAUGCCCACUCAAUUUAUGCAAAGCAAAUUUAACAUGUAGCAGUCAGUUCCUUGAAGAGAAGAUUUUAUUGAACACUUUAAUUAUCCCAGCUAAGCAGAUAUCCAUGUAUCUUUAUCAACUGGUGUUUAACAACUUUGCAGAAUUUAAAAAUGCCGCCUGUCUACCAACUGAUGAUGGCCUCGGGAAGGUGGGCCUAAAAGAUAAGAGUGUCCAGGCUGGGCCAGAGUCUGACACCGUUCUUAGUGGUGCUCUUGGUGGUUUUCUUACACUGACUUUUGCAACCAGCUCAUGAUCUCAGAAUGUACGAAAAAAUAGUAAUUGUACUACUAUUGGCAGAUUAUGUGCCUGUGCAAAGUAUCGUAAAUAAUACGACCGCUACUACUGGGACAGAUCAAAGGAAAGCAACUGGGCCUGUUUCCACACCAGCGGUAGUUACAGGAGUCGUUAGUAGAGACCCACAUACCCAAGACCAAGAUUAUGUGCCUGUGCAAAGUAUCGUAAAUAAUACGACCGCUACUACUGGGACAGAUCAAAGGAAAGCAACUGGGCCUGUUUCCACACCAGCGGCAGUUACAGGAGUCGUUAGUAGAGACCCACAUACCCAAGACCAAGGAAGAAAACCACGGCUUUCCCACCAAUUGUCAGAAACAGCUGAUGAUUGUAAUUUCACUCUUCCACAAUUUUCUUCUUUUUUUUUCUCCCAAAGAGAUAACACUCAUUGUUUUGGCAGUGAUAGCUGGUAUUGUUGGAAUUAUCGUCGGUAUUGUUUUCGCUGUUCGUCAACUGAUGAUGAAAAGGGCAUUGGAUGUACAACCUUUGCCUCCACAUGACACAGAUGUUCCUUUAAGUUCCAUUGAAACAGGAAUUCCAGAAAACUAAUCAAUAAUAAUCUGCUCAAUAAGCCAAAUUUGGGAAGAACUUGGUGAAGACAAGAAGACUUCGCAGUCAAGUGAAAAAUGAAUGUGUAAAUUGGACACUCCACUAAGUUGUACCCCUACCUGAGCUGCACAAUUUCAGGAUACAAAUUUCACAAGAAUGGGCUCCAGUGAUUCAAUGAUGGGAAAAUGUGUCUGCUCAUUAAUGUUUCAAAAUGAAGAACAAAUAUUUGCUUGUAUGCUUGCUUUUGUGUGUUAGCACAGAUUUUAUAAUUCAUUGAUAGGGAAAAACCUGAUCCAAACUUCAGCUGGUCCUCUCCCUACUUCUUUAAGACUGAUUUAUUCCAUUCUAUUGUAUUUUAGUGAUUAUGCUUUGACAAAUAAAGGUCUUAUAACACCUACA